AUGGCUCCCGCAGAGAAGCAGACCGACGACGAGGACGUCGGGAAUGCAAAGAGCGACAAAAGAGCCCAUGUAGGGUCUAGCACUGGAAUUGCUGGAGGAGUCUUCUACGGAAGAGAUCUCGACCGUACCGGUCUCGCGCGUCGUAGCGCGUCUCAGGGCGAUAACGUUGAGGUUGAUAUUGGCGACGAUGGCGAGUGGCACCAAAAUGAUGGCAAGAGGAAGCAAGUCUUCAAGGGCCGCGCCCUCCUAUGGUUGGCUUACCAGUCUAUCGGCGUCAUCUAUGGAGAUAUUGGUACAAGCCCUCUCUACGUCUAUUCAUCCGUCUUCACCUCGCCACCCUCAAAGAAGGACAUAACCCAAGUACUCUCUCUGAUCAUCUGGUCCCUGGCCAUCAUGGUCACUUUCAAAUACGUCUUCAUCAUCCUCCGUGCCGACAAUGAGGGCGAGGGUGGUACCUUUAGCACCUACUCCCUGCUCACCAGAUACAUGAAUAUCUCGAACCGAGACCCUCGCGAAGAAGUCACCGUCCGCAUGGAACGAACAUUGACACAAGAUGUACGCCCCAUGAGUCGCAACAUCCGCAAGGUCGUUGAGAGCAGCACCAUCAUUCGAAACUUCCUUAAAGUACUUGGUGCUCUGGGUGUGGCCAUGGUCAUUGCCGAUGGUGUCCUGACGCCGGCUCAAUCCGUGCUCGGUGCUAUACAAGGCCUCGCCGUGGUCAAGCCAGACAUUGAUACCUCGACCAUUGUGGGAACCACCUGUGGCAUUCUUGUCCUUCUUUUCCUCGUACAACCCCUCGGCACCACAAAGCUGGCGUCGGCUUUCGCGCCCAUCGUCAUCCUGUGGCUCGGCUUCAAUGGCGGGUUUGGUAUUUACAACCUUGUCAAGUACGAUUAUACAGUCCUGAAGGCCUUCAACCCAUACUUUGCCAUCCAAUUUUUCAAAGACAACAAAACAGAUGGAUGGAGGAUGCUAGGAGGCGUGCUCCUUUCCUUUACCGGUGUAGAGGCCCUCUUCGCUGAUCUCGGAGCCUUCAGCAUGCGCGCCAUUCAGAUCAGCUGGCUCGCCUGGGCCUACCCGUGUCUGCUGUUGGCAUACAGUGGUCAAGCUGCGCACAUUGCUGAGAUGCCUGAGAAGUACUCGAACCCCUUUUUUCAACACGGUGCUCCCGGCAUGCUGUACCCCAGCCUGGUGCUCGCAGUCCUCGCAGCUAUUGUGGCAUCCCAGGCCAUCAUUACAGCGACGUUCCAGCUCUCAAGCCAGCUCAUGAAGCUGUCCUUCUGUCCCCAGAUGAAGGUCGUCCACACCUCCCGAAAGUUCCAUGGCCAGGUAUACGUGCCAUUCCUCAACUGGCUGCUUAUGCUCGGCACCAUCCUCGUUACAGCCGUCUACAAUAACACCACGAGGCUGGGUCAUGCCUACGGCGUCUGCGUCAUCUUUGUCACCUUCUUCGACACCAUUAUGGUGACUCUCGUCGCCCUUUUCGUUUGGGAUCUCCCGCUUUGGCUAGUCGCUGUGCCUGCACUUGUCUUCGCCACGCACGACGGCCUGUAUCUGUCCUCGGCCCUGACAAAGGUGCCCCUCGGCGCUUGGUUCACCCUCUUGCUGUCAGGCAUCCUCGCCACCGUUUUCCUACUCUGGCGCUUUGGCAAGGAAAGGCAGUGGAGUGCCGAGGCUGAGGACCGCUUCGCGCCUAGCAGACUGCUCGUCCGCAACGGCGAGGGCAUCCUGACGCUGACGCCGCAAUGGGGCGGCGACGCACUGUCGCCCGUCAGCGGGUUCGUUGUCUUCUUCGACAAGACGGGCAUCCUGACGCCGAGCGUCUUCACGCACUUUGUCUCAAAGCUCGGCGCCCUGCCAGAAGUAUCUGUCUUCUUCCACCUGCACCCCGUCGAGACGCCUUCCGUGCCCGACGCUGAGCGUUAUCAUGUUUCGAGGUUCUCGAGCGUGCCCGGGUGCUACCGCCUCAUCGUUCGCCACGGCUUCAUGGACGAGGUCGUCAGCCCGGAUCUCAGUGCUCUCAUUUAUGAACAGGUACGCAAGUUUGUCGCUCGCCAGGCGCCUGCGUCGGGAGACCACCCGGGUGCAGAGAUUCCGGCUGGCCCUGUCCAGACCACGGCGUCAGAGCUCGCCUUGCUGAAGAGCGCGUACCAGCGCAAGGUGCUGUACGUAGUCGGCGAGGGGCAGAUGCGGAUUCUAAAGAGCCACAAUGUCUUCCGCAGGGUCAUGUUGUGGACGUUCUUGUGGAUCAGGUCCAACACACGCGCCAAGGUUGCGAGCUUGAGAUUGGCGAUGGACAAGGUCGUCGAAGUUGGAUUUGUGAAGGAUAUCUGA